AUGGACAGCCCGGAGCCGCACCGACCUGCUACCCCGGAAAAGAAUGGCAGGUCCUCUUUCUCGUCCAUUCGCGAGAACGACUCCGAUUUAGCCCAGACGUUCACUUCCUCAAAAGUCUCUUCCUACGCACAGAAAGCAACCAACGCCGUGUUCGACGACUCCUCUGCCUCACCCUCGCCGAUCGCCUCACCUUCCCUCGAGAUGGCUGAAGUUCAGUUCAUGCCCCCCGUCACCCACCCCAGCAGCAGACUUCAUGGCGGCUGGUAUCCUGCGUCCAGCUUUAAGGGCUGGAAGCAAAUCAAUGUCAAGGGCAAGACGGCUAGCAAGAGCUUCAGUGACCUCCAGGCACUGCACAUGUCAUGGAGCACUCCUCCGCCUUCACCCAAGGGCAACAAGCCUAUCAACUGCCGCGCGCCCAUGGAGAGACUGCCCUUGGAGAUUCUAGGUAUGUUCACACGGUCUUCUAUCAUGGAACUUCGCGAAGCUGACCAUGUUAAAGGAUCCAUUAUCGAGCUCCUGGUCCUCGACAUCCCUCCGCCAUACGGCACUGCGCGCCGCAACGUCGACUUGAUGUCCUUGCUUCUGACCUCGAGAUCGGUGCACGCCGCAACCCUCAACACCCUGUACAAGCACAUUACCAUUCCUCACUCGAGAAUCUUCCGCAAGUUUCUGUCCAAUAUCACAACACACCCUGCACUGGGCACCAUUGUACGGCGCAUCGACUUUAGCCACUUUAACAAUGCGACCCUUUUCGAGUCUGCCAGCGAGCGCAAGGGCACGCGGAACUUGACGGAGGAGACGUUGCUGCAAUGCUUGGAGCUUACACCGCACCUCCAAGAGUUCUUGGCUAUGGAGCACAUUGACGAUGACCUCGGCGCCGAGGUGAUGCAGAAGCUCUUCUUCGGCAUGCCUCGCCUACAGGCAUUGGACUUUGCCGGGUGCACAUCGCCGUCUUUCAAGAAUUCCUUUGCAUCUCUAGUAGACAUGGACUGGCCCGAGACGCUUUCGAUUACGCGCCUCUCACUUCACAAGUGCCUGACACUCCCUCCCGCGCUUUUCGAGAAGAUCAUGCCACGCCUCACCAACGUCACGCACCUGGACCUUGCCCAGACCAAGAUCACCGACCGAGCGCUGCAGGCCAUCCCGAAGACGGCCAAAAUUACCCACUUGAACCUCGCCAAGUGCACACUGCUCACGGCGCCCACCGUCAUCAACUUCCUUGCGACUCAUCCGGCGGUCAGAAACCUCGUUUACCUGAGCGUGGCCACCGAUGCUCGGAGUCAUCAGCUUCUGGAUGUGGAGGACGUUUCACAGCUCAUCCCUGUGCUGCCCAAGACGCUCCGGUCUUUGAGCCUAAAGGGUAGCCGCAUGGAUGACUCGCACCUCGAGUUGCUGCGACCGCUGACCAAGUAUCUGGAGGAGCUCGCCGUCGGGCGCGACAUGGAUGUUAAUGCCGCCGCUAAGCUGCUUGAGCCGGCGGACGAGAAGAAGCAGGAGGAGCCCCACAUGAUCCGAUACCUGGACCUUUCGGACCUCUGGGGCAGCGAGUUGGAUAUCGUUGAUUUGUUUUCAAGCCGAAACUCGCUGCUAAAACCGAGCUCGGUGCCACUGGAGGUGAUUGAGAUCUCGGAGCAAUCGUUCAAGAGCCUAUCUCGGAAUAGGGCACUGGAGCGCGUCGGCUGGUCCCUGCAGGAGAUCGGAAGCCGAUGCUGGAUGGUCCGAAUGCAGGACCACCGCAAGGAUCAGGACCGCGGCUACCGGUGGUGGAAGAUUGGCGCCGACAACUGGGGCAUGCGCAAGAUCCCGGUCGCGCGCGCCGAAGUCGGCGGCAUGUACGGGUCCUUUAUGUUUGGACGCAAGCUAUGA